GCUGUAUUCUACCGUGAAGCUUCUGCUCCGUUGCCCGAAGGAUUGAUUAUGGUAGUCGGAGAUUACCACACAAAUUUGCGUGUAGUUCCCCGUAUUCCGCAAUUACCUCCAACACUCGCCUCAGCUCACCACCCACAUGUCCCGCGCAUUCAAACAUCAAUUGAUUCUACACUUCUCUAUUAUCUUCGCCACACUUGGAUUACCAUCAGCCCUCUUUUAUCAAACCAGGCGUUCAUGAAUCAAACUUCCCGUCUGCAGACACGCUCCUUUAGCCCAGACUCAAUUCGACAAGACCUUUUACCUCUCUACAACCGUCGCAAUACGUGCCCAUCGCUGGAUGUCUUGGUGGCCGCGAUGGACGAUGUUGUGGAAGCUGCCUGUGGAUCUUCUCGUUUGGUUAAUUAGUACGGUGUCAUGGCAGACGGAUACACUUUCGAUAAAACAGGACAUUGAGACUGGUCACAAGGUCAGCGAUGAAAAUCCUCCAGCAGACCAGAUCAAACUGAAGAUAGACGACCUCCAACCUUCAACGUCCACAACAUGUAUUUCUAAGACGACCAAAAUACCACCACAUCGCAACAUUAAACCAAGGACCAUAGUUGGAAUUGGAACCUCAAGCGUCGUUUCCCGUCUAGCGGAUGAAAACAAGGUUGAAAAGCGAUUUGAAUCCUCAGAGGAUCUACUCAAUGAACGGACCAUCUAUCAAAUCCUUGGAAGCCACCCGCGACUUUUAUCAAUUUACCAUAUCGAAGAUGAUUGUAUCAUCAUGGACUGGAUGAAGAAUGGAGAUCUGGCUCGCUUUAUCGAGUCUCAACCUGAAAUUACGCAACAUCGCAAGCAUCUGUGGGUCGCCCAGAUCGCCGAAUCUUUCAGCUUGCUACACACACACAAGAUAUCUCAUUGCGACAGCAAGCUAGAAAAUUUUCUGAUAGACGAUCACUAUAACAUCAAAAUCUGUGAUUUCGCCAGUUCUCACAAUUACGAAGCCCCCUCAACUGAUCUGGCCAUCCAGCCAUUGAGGUAUCGACGAGCUGUUGACGAUUUCAACGAGUUAGUUUUCAAUCCUGCAGAUGAUAUCUUCGCCUUUGGCUCAAUAUGCUACGAGAUCAUCACUGGGGAAGCUCCAUACCCGCAGUUAGAUGAUGAGAGUGUGAAACUUCAAUUCAUUCGAGGCGAAUUUCCCGCGACCGAAGGUAUAGGUUUCGGCCCUAUUAUCAGGGAUUGCUGGAAUGGUAAAUUCAUGUCAUUCAAAGCUAUUUUAAGCGCUAUUGAAAGAGAAGGAAUCCAGCGUUGAGUUCUGUAGAACGAUAUAAUCUCCCAUGCAACAACGAUGACAGCAGUGAUUCCACAGAAAUAUUAUGUUUCUUGCGCUUCAUUAUUUUCAUCUUCUAUCAAUGUUAAAUUUAGUAUGGCCGUUUUAUUCAAUCUCAGCUAGACUUACCAUGGGUGAUGGGAGGAACAAUUGCUGCGCUUCGUAGUUGAUGCAGCAUUAGAGGUCUCAGUGCCCUGGCAUGGACGCCCUUGUUUAACAUCGUCGCAUGUUUCUGUUCUCGUCUUCACUUCGGUGCACUUAUAGGUGCAAGGAGCUUUAGUGUACUUGGUCGUGGUGGUAUAGAUGAAGCACAUUGUGAGCUGGGUGGAAGUUCUAGGUAGAGGGAUGAAAGGCGUUAUAUCUGGGUUGCGUUGAUAAUAUAAAGAAGUAGGUAAUUGGGGAAGUUUUCGAGACUGGUCAACGGAGCUCUCGGACAGGAAGCCUUCUAUUUAUGUAUCAACCUCGGUGAGUGAACAGAAUAGGCAGCCUUGCUGCUUGUGUGGUUCGCCCUGCAGCCAAUAUCAACACGGCGACCUGUAUAAUAGCACCAUCCAGCUGAAGUAACACCGCACUUUUCUCUUGCGCUGGGUAGUGGCACCGAGAAACGCGAGCCAAAGUUAGGCAGCCACGACCAGAUGCUCGGGCGGCUUUGAGAGUCAGGAAGGAUGGCAAGUUCAAGAUUGUCUAGAUCCCUGACACGACGACCAUGAAAACAGAUUCGUCAAGCCUUCAGACCUGUCAAUAGAAAGGAGUGAUGGGUUUUCCCCGGAUCAACAGCAAAAUAUGUACAGUCAACUCCCGUUAAGUCAAUACAAUUGG